ACCAACAAGAGUGUGAUUUACAGCCAGGAGAUGAAGAGUCGGAGGAGAAAUUAUCGACGCACAGCAGAGAACGACCAGCUCCUCCCAGCAGUCUGGCUUUGUCUGGACCAAAAUCAAUAAAGAAGAAAGUUCUGGCAGCUCCGGCUCUCAGUCUGUCUUUAGGCGGCUCUUUGGCCUCCGAAGAGUUCGCCCCCGGCUUCAUUUCCCCCUCCCCUGAAGAUGACGACGACACAAAGCUGGACUUGGACCUGGACGCCAUGGAGACACCAUCCGACAGCGAGUCUUUGCACUUUCCCAACUACGACCUUGACCUGGAAGAUGACCUGCGCCGUCUGGGAGUGGCGUCCCACAAACCCUUUGGCUCCGGCUCUCCACCUGAUCAGAGUGGACUGAGCGCUCUAGAAAAGGAGGAUGUGGUGGACAGCAAGGGCACUAGGUGGCGUUGUUUCUCCACAGGUGACCCUCCUCAGGAGAGCCGGGUCAACAUGACUGUUCUGGAGCCCUUCCUCAGAGUGCUGUCACAUGGAGGUUACUAUGGAGACGGCAUGGAUGACAUCGUGGUGUUUUCCUCCUGUUAUUUGCCGGAGAACGGCCUGGAGAAUUAUCAGUAUGUGAUGGACAACCUGUUCAGGUUUGUUGUUGGGACGCUGGAGCUGAUGGUGGCAGAAAACUACGUGAUCGUGUAUCUGUGCUCUGGAGGCCAGAAGGACAAGCUGCCGGGAAUCGGCUGGCUCAGAGAGUGGUACACCACCAUCGAUCGGAGGCUGAGGAAGAACCUGAAGGGUUUCUAUGUGGUCCAUCCAACCUGGUACAUCAAAGCUCUCAUCACCAUCAUCAGACCCUUCAUCAGCUCCAAGUUCAGCAGGAAGCUCCAGUUUGUGGAGAGUCUUCAGGAGCUUUCUCAGCUCGUCCCCACUGAGCAUGUGCAGAUCCCAGACGGCGUCAGACAGUACGACCAGAGCCUGUCCAGGUGAUGCUGCAGAGUCCAAAGGCUUCUUCUUCUUCUUCUUCUUCUUCCUGUCGGAUUUAUGUUCACAGCUGCCUCAGAGAGGAGCUUCAGCCUCUGCAAAGAUCACUUUCACAUCUGGAGAACAACAAGCCGCCAUUAUAAGAGAUGAACUUGUAAACAGUGUUGAUAUGGACUUUAGUGUCACGUUUCCAAAUUAUUGAAGGUACUGUUUUAAAAGGAAAAACUUAGUUUUAUUGAACAGGUUUGAAAUUAUUUUUUGAUGACGACCCUCAUUUUCAUCAUUUAUUUAUAACUUAAUGAAUAAAGAUGUUAAAAAAGACUUUCUUUGUGUUUCUGAGUUUAAAAAGUUUACAAAAAAUGUUUAUGUAAAAAUUAUAGUGUAGUUUGAGUCCAACCAUUAAAACAGAAGGUGACUCUUCUUUAUAUAAACAA